AUGUCCCUGCUGCUCCUUCGCCGCGCAAGAUCGCUCCGCGCGCCUGUCCGCGCCAUGAGCACGUCGGCGCCGGACGAGACGCCCAAGAAGCCGUCGUCGCCGUCGAUCGUUCUCGACGAGUUUGUCAUGCGGCAAUUCGACGACGCCAACUUUCGCGGGACGCAAGUCAAGUACGACAAGACCAAGUUCGAAGCCAUGAUCAACAAGUACUACGAGAAUGGCGAGUACGCGCUCGUCGACGGCUACGCCCCGUUCUGCAAGCACUUGUUUGUGCCCAACUUUAUCAACGCGCGCGUCCAGACGGUGCCGAUCACGCACAAGUCGAUCCACUUGCUCCAAUCGGGCUACACGAAGCGCCGCCCCGAAGAGCUCCCAGUGCUCAUGCGCUGGUUUCCGUCGCACAGCGUGACGCCGGUGACGGCCAAGUUUCUCGAUAUUGUGCUCUACAGCCGCGAGCAAGUGUUUUUGGAGAACGAAGCGAUGGGCAAAGACAUUGCGCUGAGCGACGCACCGUGGCGCAUCACCAACAUCAUUGCGCAGGACGUCGACACGGAGCUGCCGAUGGAGCCGAUGCAUUACUUUCGGAAUGCGCUCGGAAAGGGCGCCGGCGGCUCGGGCGUCCCGAUCGACCCGAUCAAGUACCAAGAGGCGGUCGAGUACUGGAACAAGCACGCGCACAUCAAGUGAAGCGACGGCGCUGCACGAUUUCGACAAGGCAUGUAAGCUGCAAACCCGUCCAAUGCACAUAUCCAUGUAUUACUCGGCU